AAUUACUGGACGGAUUGUUGUGGGCAAGAGUGGAUGGUGUCGUUUGUGUUCAAGGUGCGAGCUGCUGCUGAAGCCAAUGCUGCAUUAAACAAUGCUCAAUCAUCUCCUGCACACACAAGUGCACACACAAAUGCAGAUGCUUUUGGAUCUUCAUUAUCACCAACCCUAAAAUCAUCAUCCAAUGCAAUGACCGACUCAAAUCCUUCAUCUACUCCAGCACCAUCUGCAGCACAAAGCACAUCGUUCAAGACACCUUCCGGAAUCCCUUCACUUGAUUUACCUUUAUCAGCUUCCCAAUCUGCAUCAAAACCAUUUGGAGCCAAAUCUACACCUUCAGGAUCCGGUAGAGGCAGUCGUGGAGGGAGAGGAAGCAGAGGUGGUCGUACAGGAAGAGGCGGUCGUGGAAGUGGAUCUCGAGGCGGUCGAGGUGGAUCUACAGCCAACAAAAAAUCCGUAUCAGCACCCUCGUCAGCAAUAUCGCCUUCAUUUCCAACCUCAUCCACAACCACUCACCCGUCUUCCAGACACAAACCACUAUCAAAAGAUGACGAGGCUUUAUCUGAAGCACCUUUAGAAGAGCACUUGAUAUUGCGUGUGCCUGCUUCCAUUGCUCCACAACUCCGCUUGCAUGUUCAGAAACGAGAUCUGAACCCAUCCGCAUUCACUUUAAAGUUUACUGAUGCGAGAAAGGGUGAAGCAACAUUUGUUGGACUAGGAAGCAAUCCCAACCAUUUGACUCCCGUAACACUUCCAGUCCAGCUCGUUGAUCUCCCUUGUAUACUUGAAUCGCUCAAAACCAUCGACAACAAACAAUUUUAUAAAAUCGCCGACGUGGCUCAAAUGGUGGUUGUGACUGAUCCCACUGACCCCGCUUCAACUAAAAUCAAACCAUCCAGCGAUGGGUCAUGGCCAGAUGGAAUCAGUCCACCAUUUAAAAAUGUAAGAAAACGACGGUUUCGUAAGCGUAUUUCAAAAAAAGCAAUCGAAGAUGUCGAGCAGGAGAUUGAGCGGCUUUUACUUGCUGAUGCAGCUGCUGUAGAUGUAAAAUAUGAUGUACACGAUCGCCGCGAUGGAGAAGGCUCAACUAUGGACGAUGGAAGUAUAGCUGAACUACCCGAGGGCAGUGAAAUGGCAGACAACGAUAUGUUAUCACAGACUGGUCACGACUCUCAAGCAGGUGAUCAAACUGGAUCUCGUAGUGGCCAUCAUGCAUCCGAGUCUAUUGCCGACAUGGACGACCAUGACUCGGAUCUUGCUGCUGAAAUUCAAGAAGCUCUUGAUGCUGAUGACGAUGCUAACAGUCAAGAGGGUGAGGAAAAGGAGUCGGAAGAUGAUGAAGAGGAGGAAGAAGACGGGGACGAACAACAAGGUGAUGGUGAUAACGAGAGCGACGAUGGUGGACAAGAGGAAGAUGUAGAAGGAGAAGAAGGAGAUGCACAUUUGAAAAAGCAAGCAAAUCUCUUGCAGCACGAGAUCCAGGAUUUGGAGCGAAAACUCUUUGAAAAGAAUGCACAGGCAGCUAGUCAAGUCAAUCCAAUCAUGAGAAAACGGUUCGAGGAAAUUGUUGGCAAAUUGACAAGUGAACUCGAUAUCAAACACCAGCAACUCGAAACUAUUCAGGCAGAACUUGUGGAGAACGAUGGAGAUGAUCCUUUGGAUAAAAUACUUGAUCAGAUAGAUCAAGACGAGCAAGAGGAUCAGAUGGAUCAAGAUGAACCCGUUUAACUCGAAUAUUACAGUCGUAUUCAUGUAAAAUGGAACAUUUGUAUUUAUUUUGCAUUGGAAUAGACACUUUGAAUAUUUGUCAUACUUUUCUAUUAGAGAUUGAUUAUUUCACUAGGCAUUUUCAAUUUUUCAAAACACAACGUUUAUCACAUGAUGCACACAAUUAAACUAUAAUUUUGAACUGGUUUUUUUG